UCGCGUUGACGGUGUUGCUGAUAUUUGUUUGGUUUUUGCAUGCGAAAAAGAAGGAAGGAAAUAUUUUUGCUUUUGUCAUCACGCACAUUUUGACAAUUGCAUAUGAGAGUUCACGUAGGUGCGAACAGCCUUCGAAAUCUCUUUCAACGCGAAUAACCCGAAUAGUGUAGCAUUAGCGUGUUGAUUACACAACGCAGCAAUCAAAACAAGCAAAAAACAUAAAAACGUCAAAAUAAACCCACGAUUUCAGACUGCUGGCUCACAACAUUCGCUAUCGAAUAGUUUUUCCUAAUUAUAUUUUGUAUUAGAGUUACCACAAAGAUAAAAAAUUGCAAUGUUUACUAGUCAAUAGAUUAGUGUUUCUACACACAGAAACUGGAAAAUCUCCACUAGCCGUCAGCCAUGAAGAUUCCUUUGUUUUUCAAAUCCCUGCUGAUCAGUAUACCGGUGGGUGUUACUUUCUUCGACUGCGUUGGUUACAUUGCCCGCGUCGAGGGCAUCUCGAUGCAGCCCGCCCUGAAUCCGGACGGUAGCAACGCAACCGACUAUGUGUUCCUUUCUCGAUGGGCUGUCCGCAACAUGGAAGUGGAAAGAGGCCUGCAAGGGGAUAUUAUUGCUACAAUGGGCUACAAAGUUCCCUUCGUCAAGGUCCCGGAGGGUCACUGUUGGAUAGAGGGCGAUCACACCGGUAACUCAUUAGACAGUAACACAUUUGGACCAGUUUCGUUGGGGUUAGUCACUGCUCGAGCGACGCAAAUCGUUUGGCCACCCUCCCGGUGGCAAAGUUUACCUUCGAUGAUUCCAAGGACACGACAACCUAUUACGUUCGGAAAAGCACCCAUUGACAGUGGUAUGAAUAGUUCCCACCCAACCUUACAUGCCCAGGAAAAAGACUGCGACAAGUGAAGCGAAAUAAGAUUUUGGAAAACAUCUCUCUCCAUGGUGUUUAGUUUAGAGUUAUGGCCAAAUUGAGUUGUUGGUUUAAAGCACGAUAUUUUAUUACCAGGUUACAAGGAAUGUUUCUAUUUGAGCAAUAAAGAACUGAUAUUUAGGUACCUAAA